AGAGAUGUGAUCAUGGAUUAUCAUGUCUCCACCAUUAAACCCCGGAGAAUCCAGAACCAGAACGUCAUUCACCGCCUGGAGCGCCGGCGCAUCAGCUCCGGCCGGGCGGGGACCCACUGGCACCAGGUCCGCGUGUUCCACCAGAACGUCUUCCCCAGCUUCACCGUCGUCAACGUGGAGAAGCCCCCGUGCUUCCUGCGCAAGUUCUCCCCCGACGGCCGCUACUUCAUCGCCUUCUCCUCCGACCAGACGUCUCUCGAGAUCUACGAGUACCAGGGCUGCCAGGCGGCGGAGGACCUCCUGCAGGGGUACGAGGGGGAGAUCCUGUCCAACGGCAACGACCAGCGCUCCGUCAACAUCCGGGGCCGGCUCUUCGAGCGCUUUUUUGUCCUGCUGCAUAUAACCAAUGUGGCCGCCAACGGGGAGCACCUGAACCGGGAGUGCAGCCUGUUCACGGAUGACUGCCGCUGCGUCAUCGUGGGCUCAGCCGCCUACCUCCCCGACGAGCCACACCCCCCCUUCUACGAGGUGUACCGGAACAGCGAGUCCGUGACCCCCAACCCCCGGUCCCCCCUCGAGGACUACUCCCUCCACAUCAUCGACCUUCACACCGGACGUCUGUGUGACACACGCACCUUCAAGUGCGACAAAGUGGUCCUGUCGCACAACCAAGGGCUGUACCUGUACAAGAACAUCCUGGCCAUCCUGUCAGUGCAGCAGCAGACCAUCCACGUCUUCCAGGUGACCCCCGAGGGCACCUUCAUCGACGUGCGCACCAUCGGCCGCUUCUGCUAUGAGGACGACCUGCUCACCGUGUCCGCCGUCUUCCCCGAGGUGCAGCGGGACGGCCAGGCGGGCACUGCCAGCCCCUUCCGGGACCCCUUCAUCAACUCCCUGAAGCACCGCCUGCUGGUGUACCUGUGGCGGCGUGCGCAGCAGGACGGGAGCGCCAUGGCCAAGCGGCGCUUCUUCCAGUACUUUGACCAGCUGCGGCAGCUGCGCAUGUGGAAGAUGCAGCUGCUGGACGAGCGGCACCUGCUCAUCAAGUACACCAGCGAGGACGUGGCCACGCUGCGGGCCACGGACCCGUCCCAGGCAUCUUUCUUUGUGGUGUACAAUAUGGUGACCACCGAGGUGAUUGCUGUGUUUGAGAACACCUCGGACGAGCUUCUGGAGCUCUUUGAGAACUUCUGUGACCUCUUCCGCAAUGCCACCCUGCACAGCGAAGUCCAGUUCCCUUGCUCGGCCUCCAGCAACAACUCUGCAAGGCAGAUCCAACGCCGGUUCAAAGAUACAAUCAUCAACGCCAAAUACGGAGGGCACACGGAGGCGGUGCGUCGGCUGCUGGGCCAGCUCCCCAUCAGCGCACAGUCCUACAGCGGGAGCCCCUACCUGGACCUGUCUCUCUUCAGCUACGAUGACAAGUGGGUGUCAGUCAUGGAGCGGCCCAAGACCUGUGGCGAUCACCCCAUCAGAUUCUAUGCCCGGGACUCUGGCCUACUCAAGUUUGAGAUUCAGGCGGGCUUGCUGGGCCGGCCCGUCAACCACACCGUGCGCCGCCUUGUUGCCUUCACCUUUCACCCCUUUGAGCCCUUUGCCAUCUCUGUGCAGAGGACCAACGCCGAGUACGUCGUCAACUUCCAUAUGCGGCACUGCUGCACCUAGGGGCCGGCCUUGCCUGGUUGGGCCGCUGGGGUGGGGUGGGGGCGUCCAGGACUCCGCCCCGGACUCUGGGGGCAGGCAAGCUCAUGGACUUUGCAUCAGGGGUGGCCCCGGGUCCCCUGGUCUGCUCCUGGCGCAGAUGUCCAGCGCCGCUCAAGUCCCCUGGAGUUUGUUCAGCAUUUCACUGCUGCAAAGAUGAGAGAGCUCUGCUUCGUCCCUCAGGGCACUUGCUCAGCACUGUGGCUGUGUGUCCCGGUGCAGGUGAACUGCGUCUCCUCCCACAGACCCAACAGCGGGGGCAGGUUUUUUUUUUUUUAAUAGGAAAAUAAAUGAAGCCUUGGUAUUUUCUUACUGAA